GGUUCUAGCAAUCUUUUCUAUUAUUUCUGUACUGGCGAUUGUCCACGCUCAGCUAGGCGAAAAUGCCACUUCUAUUGAAUCCAACUCAACAUCUUUAACACAGAUGUUGGAGCAAAUGUUCUGGAACUUCUUUCUAGAAAGCCAGCAACCAUUCCAAGAAGAAGGCCAACAACCACCACCUGGGCGAGAGGAUCACGAACAGGGACCACCCGGUCGACAAGAAGAUGAAAGGCCAGGGGACAGGGAAGAUGGUCCACCACCACCAAGACGGGAUGGGGAAGAUGGUCCGCCACCACCAAGACGGGAUAGAGAAGAUGGUCCACCAAGACGGGAUAGAGAAGAUGGUCCCCCAAGACGGGAUAGAGAAGAUGGUCCACCAACACAGAAUAGAGAAGAUGGUCCACCACCACCAAGACACGAUAGGGGCGAUGGUCGAAGAUCACAAAGAGAAAAUGAUGGUGAAGGCAGACGACAUUAGAGAUGCCAGUGAAGACAAAUUAAAUAUAGAGAGACUGUUAAUUAUCACGCAAUUCUCGAGUUACUAAAGAAAUAAUAAAAAGAAUGAGUUCAUGUU